AUGCUCAAGUCACAAUUGAGGAAAUUUAGUGCAUUCCAGGCUGUUUUUAGGGAUAUCCCUCCUCUGGAUGCAAUAAAGCAAAAGUUUGAGUUUACUGGAUCAAGCGGAUCCAUUCGUGAUGUAUUGAAGAUACAGGAGUCCCAGUUUGUUACUCUGAAUGGCUGGAUAGAUAAGAAGCCCAAGAAAGUUGGUAAAAACUUGAUAUUUGGAACUUUACGUGAUAACCAUGGGAGUACGAUUCAGCUAGUGGAUACUGAAUCACUUCUAAAAUCAUCUAAUGAGGAAGACGUUGUGCAAAUAGAAGGGCAGCUGAUCCCUAAGAAAGCCAAGGAUAACUCGGAGCCUCAAGCAUACGAAGUCAAACUUCUCAAGGUGAGACACCUGAGUGAUGCAAGUAUAAAAGCAUCUCAACUAUCAGACUUCAAGAAAGCUGGAAACUAUCCACCAGAGUACAGGUAUUUACAACUUCGCAUGCCAAAAUAUCAAAAUUUCUUAAAAAAGAGGUAUGAAAUCUCUAAGUCAGUCCGACGCAGCUUAGAUUCUUUGGGUUUCACGGAGAUGGAAACACCAGUACUUUUCAAAUCGACUCCAGAGGGCGCUCGCGAAUUUUUGGUUCCCACAAGAGACCACCAGAAUGGAGAUCCUCUUUUCUAUGCAUUGCCUCAAAGUCCUCAACAGUACAAACAGUUAUUAAUGGCAAGUGGGGUUAACAAGUACUUUCAAAUAGCUAAAUGCUUCCGAGAUGAAGACUUGCGUGCUGAUCGACAACCCGAAUUUACCCAAAUUGAUUUGGAAAUGGCAUUUGCCAACGGAAACGAUGUAAUGAAUGUUAUUGAGCAAACCAUCUCUGAUGUAUGGAAUAGCUUCUCUGUCAACGGUCAUCUGCAUACGCUCAAUAAAAGGGGUGAUAUCGUAUCAACUUCGUCAUCUCAACCCGUCCUUAAGCUGACAUACAGAAACGCCAUGGAGCGUUAUGGUAUCGAUAAACCUGACUUGAGAUUUCCAGAUUUAAAGAUAAUUGAUCUCACUGAAUUUAAUGCUUACAGUACCAUUAAUAAUGAAUUUCCGGUUUUUGAGAUCUUAGUCCUGCGCAACGCGUUCAAAAGUAUGGAACAGUAUGAGCAAGAUUGGAAGUUUCUGUCUGAUAAGAACAAUUACAAUCACAGAACACCAAUUGUUAUUCCAAUAGAAAAUGAAUCCAUGCAAUCGUCCUGGUUUGAGCAAUUCAUGUCAAUCGCCACAUUCGAAAAUCCUAAAAUUCUAACGAAAUUUUUGAAUUUAAAGGAAGGUGAUAUUGUAUGUGGUUGUACUCGAGAACAUUCGCAAUCAAUUUUCGAAAAUCCAACACCGCUUGGGAGAUUGCGGCAACUCGUUACGCAGUCAUCAAGAGGUAAAGAACUUUUUAGAAGAUCUGAGCAUUCGGUGGCAGCCUGGAUAGUAGAUUUCCCAUUAUUUUCUCCAGUUGAAGUCGAAAGCAAGGAAGGCUCAGUGAAAGAGCAAUAUCCUGCGUACAUAAAAAAAAGAUAUUGCUCGACACAUCAUCCAUUUACUAUGGUUCAACUUUCUGACUAUCAAAAGCUCCAUUCUAAUCCUCUAUCAUGUCUGGGUCAGCAUUAUGACUUGGUGGUCGAUGGAGUUGAGGUCGGCGGCGGCUCAACCAGAAUACAUGAUCCAGAACUUCAAAACUACAUAUUCAAGGAAGUUUUGAACAUUGGAGAUCCAAAGAAACUGUUUGGACACCUAUUAACGGCAUUUGAAAUGGGCACUCCACCACAUGCAGGAUUCGCCAUCGGGUUUGAUCGGCUGUGUGCGAUGUUGUGUGGAACUAAUAGCAUUAGAGACGUAAUAGCAUUUCCAAAAAGUGUUAGUGGGGCAGAUCUUGUUGUUGGAAGUCCUAGUCCUGUUCCAAGGAAAGUCUUAAAUGAGUAUCAUGUUGAUUACCGCUCAUAA